CAAGCAACCACUCGCAGCUGUCUGCGCGUCCUGAUCCUCGUGCCCCGAGCUUCGCGUCGCGCCAUCACCCACCGAGCCGGCCGAGACCGCGCAGCCGCCACUCCACGCGGAAGACGCCGCGAGGUGUGAUCGGAGCCCUAGAAGAGCAUCCGCAUCCGGUGCCACCUGGAGCCCAGGCUGCCUGCCUCACCCAAUCCCGAUGCACCGUGGGGCCAUGAGCUGCGUCCCGAGUGGCUUCGUCCCCUUGGGGCUGGUGCUGCUGGUGUGCGGUGCCCAGGGCUUCCUCCUGCCCAACGUGACUGAGCUGGGGGAGCUGCUGGGCCGGUACCAGCGGGCCGAGCCGUACUCGCGGGUGCGCAGGGCCAUCCCCCGGGAGGACCGUGAGGAGAUCCUGCGGCUGCACAACCAGCUCCGGGGCCAGGUGUCCCCACCCGCCUCCAACAUGGAGCACGUGACCUGGGACGAGGAGCUGGAGCGGUCAGCGGCAGCUUGGGCCCAGCAGUGCAUCUGGGAGCACGGGCCCACCAGCCUGCUAGUGUCCAUCGGGCAGAACCUGGCUGUGCACUGGGGCAGGUACCGCUCGCCCGGCUUCCACGUGCAGUCAUGGUACGACGAGGUGAAGGACUACACGUACCCCUACCCCCAUGAGUGCAACCCCUGGUGCCCCGAGAGGUGCUCGGGCGCCAUGUGCACCCACUACACGCAGAUCGUCUGGGCCACCACCAACAAGGUUGGCUGCGCCGUGCACACCUGCCACAGGAUAGACGUCUGGGGGGAGAUCUGGGAGAACGCCGUCUACCUGGUCUGCAACUAUUCUCCCAAGGGGAACUGGAUUGGAGAGGCCCCGUACAGGACCGGCAGGCCCUGCUCCGAGUGCCCGCCCAGCUACGGGGGGGGCUGCAGGAACAACCUUUGUUACCGAGAAGAAGCCCACCACCCCACGUCCGAGACAGAGGAGAUGAACGAGGUAGAGACGCCCCCGGCUCCCGAUGAGAAGCAUGCCUGGGUCCAGCCGAGGGUGGUCAAGCCCACCAAGCCCCGGAAGACCCCUGCAGUCACCUACAUGACCCAGAUUGUCCACUGUGACACCAAGAUGAAGGACAGGUGCCAGGGCUCCACAUGCAACAGGUACCAGUGCCCAGCAGGCUGCCUGAGCUCCAGGGCCAGCGUCUUCGGGACUCUGUUUUACGAAAGUUCCUCCAGCAUCUGCCGGGCCGCCAUCCACUAUGGCAUCCUGGACGACAGGGGCGGCCUGGUGGACGUCACCAGGAAUGGGAGGAAGCCCUUCUUCGUCAAGUCCCAGCGACACGGCGUGGAGGCCUUGAGCAAAUACAAACCUUCCAGCUCGUUCACGGUGUCAAAGGUAAAAGAGCAGGACCUGGACUGCUACACCACAGUGGCACAACUCUGCCCGUUUGAGAAGCCGGUUUCCCACUGCCCGAGAGUCCGCUGUCCGGCCUCCUGUGGGGACGAGCCGGCCUACUGGGCCCCGGUGAUCGGAACCAACAUCUACACAGACACGUCCAGCAUCUGCAGGGCAGCCGUGCACGCCGGCGCCAUCCAGGACGACGUCGGGGGCUCCGUGGACGUGAUGCCGGUGGACAAGAAGCCCAGCUACGUGGGCUCGCUGAGGAACGGCGUGCAGUCGGAGAGCCUGAGUGCCACCAGGGAUGGGAAGGCCUUCCGGAUCUUUGCAGUCAGACAGUGAACGCUCAGCACCGGGGACGAGGGAUGUCUUCAGCAGGGACUUGGGGUUUUGAUUUUCCUUUUUGUCAUUGUGGGGAGCAGGGUGGGGAAGCGGAGGGUCAGGGAACUUCCUUGGAAUGGUGUCAGCAUCGUGUCCCUUGUCGCUCUGUGGCAAGGUGACAUCUCAGGCUUCACCUGAGCGGCAGCAUUUAGCGUCUGUCAGACAACUGGCACCAGACCUGCCGGGCCUGGGUGUCCUUGCAGGGCCCCUCUCCUUCAGGGACCUGCCCCGUCCCUUGGAGGGGACAGCCCCAAGAUGGCCCUCGCCCCGUGUUCUCUCGGGAGUGGAGGGGCAGAUCCCACCCUCGAAAGAACACAGCAUGUGGAAGUCGCCAUUGCCAGGUGUUGGGGCCGGGUGGGUUUCGGGAACAGAGAGAGAGUAGUUAUUUAAAAAUGGAAAGCCACAGUCCAUCCCUGCUGGUGGAGAAGAGGGCUCCACGUUUGCUGGUCAGACACUUGGCUGGAGGAGCGGCUGGGCCCCCGGCAAUGUCCACCCAUCCCGGCCAGGCCCGCUUGGCAGGGCAGCCAUGGAGGCUGUGUACUCAGCAGUGCUGGUGCAGACUUUAGCAGCAACCCCGAGGUGCAUCCUGUCUCUGUCACUCCCUGCGUCCUAUGGCCUGUUUCCCUCUGUGAUCCUUGGUCUCAUUGAGGACUGAUGCAUCCGGGUCCCUUCCGUCCCCCCAGCGUCGCUGCAUGGCCAGGGCCCUGUUUACAGCGCGCUCUGGCUCCCCCCACCCCCGGGGUCUGGGGGUCCCAAGAAGGCAUCGGAGCACAGCCGAGAGGAUGGCGCCGGGCAGCUCCCCUCCCAGGCGAGGCCGACCUAGUUUUCCUCUAUGAGUGGAUGGAUCCCUGCUUAUUCCACUUAGGAAAGCGCGUCUGGUACAGCAGCAGCAGCAGCACAAGGGCAGCGCUGGAAAGGUUUCUUUUCCUGUCUCCGUGACCCAGCUCCUGACAGACCUUCCUGGGUCUCACUCUGGCCUCCGUCACUCAGUCUUCAGGAGCCAGGGCGGAGGUGCAGCAAAACGCAACUCCCUUUGGAAAUCGCCUCCCCGCAGAAAGUGAAAUUCCAGGCUGCGGCCUGAGCUGCACCAUCUGCUGAAUGCCAGCUUCAGGCUGAUGUCACUGUCAUCAGAAUGCGUCACGGGGAAGGACUGCAGCAGGAAACCAAGCAGGUUCAGCUGGCGCCUUUCUCUCUUGUUCAGUGGCCCUCAUCAGUGCAGACCCUGAUGGUCAAUCGCUUUUUAACCAUCAACCCUCCUUGGGGUUUUGCAGGCGAGCUGCUGGCCUGCCUGAGCUCAGUGUGCAGUUCAGGACCCCGAUGUCGGGGCAAAACGAUUUGGUUCCCGCUCAGGCGGGCAGCUCUUUAGCACCGGACAUCGGGAGGUUCUGCAUGGAGGGGUUGUGUGGCCGGACCCCGGCUUUGCCCCGGCGUCUGUGCCCCCGCCAGGAGCCCUGUUGAGUCCAGCAGGGUCCAAUGCUUGGUUCCAGAGCGCCCACCCCAGGCAAACCGGAAGUUCCAGCAUGGCCGGCCAUCACUUUAGAGGCCCCAGGUCUUCGGUGUCUCCUUAGCUGCCUUCUGCCUGGGAGGCUGGAGACAAAGCCAGGGCCAGAGCUGGAGGCCUUUUCCAUCCUUAUAACAUUUGGAGCCGGAACCACUGUUCUCCGGAAGUGAAGUAAGAGCGUGAAUGGUGAAUGUCUGUGGCCAGGGCCACCUCCGAUUCUGGGCUCUCACAGGGUCCCUCCUGUCCCCUCCCCAGGGAGGUCCUGGUUGGCUUCAGGUUUUGCCAUUGUGCUGGGAAGGGGUUUGGAUUCCUCAGUUACCUGUAGGCUCAGUCGGCCCGCAGUAUAUGUGUGUGCUUUUUUCUAUGAAAAAUGAUGUAUUUUACUACUUCUGUACAAAAGUUUAUUAUAAAUGUUUUUUGUGCUUUGCAAGAACAGGGCCAUGUGGGUGGUUGCUAUGGUUCAAUAAAACUGGUGUGAUUCCUCA